CUUUUAUAUAUAUCAUAGUCUGAUAUGUCGACCCCUAGCUUGUUGCUCUCUUGAAAUAUUUGUCACCCGAAAUUCAGUGACGGUGACUGUAAUUUUUUUUUUUUUUUUCAAUUUCAAGUCAUAGUUUUCAGGUCAAUGGAAAGAUCAAAGAAGAGAGUUCAGUUAUGGAAGAAAGCUAUAGUUCAUUUUUCUUUGUGUUUCGUUAUGGGAUUCUUCACUGGAUUUGCUCCAACGGGUAAGACUUCUUCACCAGCUUUUUCAACUAUAAUGCAAAAGUACGCUCCAGAACCUGUCGAAACGUUUCAACCGGAGAUAAAAAUACAAGCCAAAACCAAUGUUGACAGAAGCCUUGUAGAUGAAACUGAAACGCUUCAAGAGCCAUCUGCAACAAUGGUGGAUGAUAAAGAAUUGGAACGUGCGAAAUCAGUUGAUAUUGAUGAAGAAAAAGAGCCCAAGUUGACGCCAAAAAGACUAGUUAUCAUUGUGACGCCUACGAAUAAAAGAGAUAAGUUUCAGAAUGUGUUUUUGAGGAGAUUGGCAAAUACUAUAAAGCUGGUUUCGCCGCCAUUGUUGUGGAUAGUUGUGGAAGGAAAGUCGGAUUCUGAUGAAGUGUCGCGAAUAUUGAGGAAGACGGGUAUCAUGUACAGGCAUUUGGUUUUCAAAGAGAAUUUUACAGACCCGGAAGCCGAGUUGGAUCAUCAAAGAAACGUUGCGCUCAAGCACAUUGAGCAACACAGACUGAGUGGAAUCGUUCAUUUCGCCGGCCUUUCCAACGUUUAUGAUCUCGGCUUCUUCGACGAGCUCCGGGACAUUGAGGUGUUUGGGACGUGGCCAAUGGCGUUACUGACGGCAAACAAACAGAAGGUGAUAAUCGAAGGGCCUGUAUGUGAUUCUUCACAAGUAAUAGGAUGGCAUCUAAAGAAAAUGAACAAUGAAACAGAUGAAAAACCUCCGAUUCAUGUCUCAAGUUUUGGUUUCAACAGUUCUAUUCUUUGGGAUCCUGAGAGAUGGGGUCGUCCUUCAUCCGUUCAACAAACCUCACAGAAUUCAAUCAAAUUCGUGAAACAAGUUGUUCUGGAAGAUGAGACAAAGCUAAAGGGAAUACCACCAGGAGAUGCUCAAAAAUCAGCUUGGUCUCUUAAUUACCAAGGCUCCUCUCCACGCCAACGUUAUGAAGGAAUUCUUUACGAUAUAAUUCGUGUAGAAUAG